GGAGUACAUAUCGAAUAAAUUCUCAAAUUUGUUAGAAGUAUCAUAAACAUGAUACCCAUCGAUCUCAACAAGAUAUUUCUCUACCCAGUCGGGAAUUGGACUGUUCCAUUUUACUAGUUUAAUAUUAUAAAGGAGUACCGAACAUCGGAACUCAAACGUAUCCCACUUCGUCGAUACAGCUUUGAGUUUGGACAUGACACUCCUACUCUUGCUUCCCGUGUUCGUACUAGCCAAUACAGGCCGAUGCUUUCGAGGUAUUACCUGGUCACACAUUGUGAAGCCAGACUCUGAUUCGAAAUGGUCGGGUAGAUCUUCAACGACAAGUAGAUCAAGCCAAGCAGCUAUUUUAGGAUCGCGCCGUGUGAUGAAAUCGGAGGCUGGGAUAGUAUGUGAUGCUGGUGUAUCUUGCUCGGGAGGGGAUUCACACAUUCUUUUUGAAGGAGGGAGAUCAUAUGGGGUGGUAGGCUUGCUGAUCGUUUCUUCGAACUUGAGGGUAAUUCGGGAAGACCUGAGGGGGAUAAGGAAGGAUAAUAACAGCACAACUGCUGCCUUUGGACUUGAGAUGGAGUCGCCAUGGUGGCUAGUAUACAAGAAUAAGCAAGGCGUGGAAGCCUGGGUGCACGAAAUAAAUACGCGUAAAAUUCUACGUGACCGUUAUUAAGGAGAAAAUUAGGUACGCUACCUACCUACCUACCUUAUCUUUGCCACUUCCAUUCUAGCCAUUUAAAACGCAAGGCUUUUAAAGCACCGAUCCCUCGAGCCCUCGAGCCCCUUCGAGCCAAGGAGACACCCCGGUGUCCGGGUA